AUGGCAGCCCAAUCUGCCCGACAAUGGGGUGUCACACCUCCGAUCUCGACUGUGCUUCCUACCCAAGAUGAGUUGGUCGCCAAUGAUGAUCUCAUCGCGGAGCUAAAGGCGCAGAAUAACUUCGAGCCUCCAGCGGAGACGGAACGGAGACAACAGAUGCUGCAGUUGCUUCAGCGCUGCGCUUUGGAGUUUGUCAAGGUCGUAAGUCGCAGAAAAGGAAUGUCGCCUGCCGCUGUAGAAGCAGCCGGUGGUAAGAUCUUUGCCUAUGGCAGUUAUCGUCUCGGAGUUUAUGGUCCAGGAUCGGAUAUCGAUACCCUCGUCGUUGGCCCGCAACAUGUCCUGACUGAAGACUUCUUCGCCGACUUCCCGCCCGUUCUUGAACAACUAGCCCCCGAAGGCACGAUUGAAAAGAUGACACCCGUCCCCGAUGCAUUUGUCCCUAUCAUUAAGCUCGAACUUGCUGGAAUCAGCAUCGACUUGAUCUUUGCUCGACUCAUUGUUCCUUCGGUGCCCAUGAACCUUGACUUAAAGAACAACGACUAUCUGCGAGGUCUAGAUGAGAAAGAGGUCCGGUCGCUUAAUGGAACCCGUGUCACUGAUGAGAUUCUGGAGCUCGUUCCGCAGCAGAAGACAUUCCGCUUGGCUUUGCGCGCGAUCAAGCUCUGGGCCCAACGACGCGCAAUUUAUGCCAACAUUGUUGGCUUCCCUGGUGGUGUAGCAUGGGCAAUGCUGGUGGCUAGAGUCUGCCAGCUUUACCCUCAGGCUACUGGUUCUGUCAUUGUAGGCAAGUUUUUCCGCAUUAUGAACAAGUGGUCAUGGCCACAGCCUGUUUUGCUCAAGCCAAUUGAGGAUGGUCCUCUGCCAAUGAAAGUUUGGAACCCAAAGAUCUACCACGGCGACCGUUUUCAUCUUAUGCCCAUUAUUACCCCGGCUUACCCCUCAAUGUGCGCGACCCAUAACAUCUCAAUGUCGACAAAGACAGUCCUUCUCCGGGAGCUUCAGAGAGGUGGCGAUAUGGUGGAUAAAAUCUUUUUGAAGCAACUCUCCUGGAACGAUCUAUUCACACGUCACAGCUUCUUCACAAAUGAUUACAAGUACUAUCUCAGCAUUACAGCCUCAAGCAAGACAAAGGAAGCAGAGUCCGUUUGGUCUGGCUUAGUUGAAUCUAAGCUGCGACAUCUGGUUGGAGCUCUUGAUAGAAAAGCUGUUAUUGCUGUUGCACACCCUUUCCCGAAGGGCUUUGAACGAAUUCAUCUUACUAAGAACGAAGAUGAGAUGGAGGCUGUGAAGAACGGAUCCACUAAAUAUCAAGCCACUGGAACCAAAACUGAGAUGACGGACGAGACCAAAGAUGCAGCUCACCAAGCUGCUGCGGAGGCUGGGGCUGAGGAUGCAGCAGUCCCAGAGCCUGCAGUGAAGCCUGUUGAAAGUAACGAGGGCCAGACAGUUUACACCACAACCUACUACAUUGGCUUGGAAUUGAAGCCGUUAGACCAAGGCGCACCGCGAUCCCUGGAUAUUUCGACCGAUUCCCAGAUAUUCAAAUCUACCUGCACAUCAUGGCCUGGAUACCAGCCAGAGGUAAUGGAUCUUUCUGUGAUCCAUGUUCGAAGUUUCGAUUUGCCCGAUGAUGUCUUUCAGCCGGGCGAAGUCCGUCCGGUCAAAAAAGUGAAGAAGGUUCAGAAGAGAGGCCUUCAAGGCCAAAAGCGACGAAUCGAUGAGUUGGACGACCCGACCCAAGGUGCUGCUAAACGCCAGGUCACUCCCAACACGAAGCCCAACGAUCCGACCGCCGCAUGA